UCAUUGGCACAUCCUUCGUCGAGCAACGUGCUUCACGUCACAUCACGCCAAUAUUGGCACAAAUUAUACUGUGAUCCCCCAUUCAGUGAGUGUGCUGCUGUAGGAUUUACCAACUAUCAGCACUACUUACAUAAGGAUGGUGAAGGUGCACAUUUGUAUGGUGGUGUUUGUAGUGGCGGUGGCAGUGUCAGAGGCAGCUAGAGGCGGGGGAGGGGGUAGAGGUGGGGGGAGGGGCAAGGGAGGUAGACGGGGCCAGUAUGGUAGUCGGAUGCCAAUUCAAAUACAGCACAGAAAUCCAGCCAGUGCCAGUUACUAUGAGAAUAAAGACGGAGCCAGGAUAGUUAAGUCCUCACACUUUGAGUUGGACUACAUGUUGGGACGUAAGAUAACCUUCUUCUGCAUGGCACAAGGUCUACCAAGACCUCAUAUUACAUGGUUCAAAGACGGAAUUGAGCUUUACGCACACAAGUUCUUCCAGGUUCAUGAGUGGCCAAUCGGAGAAGACACGAUGAAGUCCAAGAUGGAGAUUGACCCUACAACACAAAAGGACGCAGGAUACUAUGAGUGCCAAGCUGACAACCAAUACUCCAUUGACAGAAGAGGAUUCCGCACAGACUACGUUAUUUACACAUACUAAACCUCCCCCCUGACGAUUACAUACCAAACUUGUAUGUUGUUAUUGUUACUAUUUGGACAGAUAAUAAAUAAUACGCUACAAUUUUUUUUAAAACUAAUAUUUAUCCGUCAGCGUGAAUAUGACAUAGUUAUUCUGUUUUACAAUGUAAAAAUGAACGUUGGUAUAGCAAAAUAACAUUGUAUUUUAAUUUUAAGAUUAGAAAAUUAAGUUAACAAAACAUAGAGAUAAUAAUUACUGACUACAAUCAGUUUAAACAAUAAUUAAACUGUUGAAUUAUAAUGUUCUUUAGAAUACAUAAUGUUACGCAUAAAUCGUAAAUCAAAGAGACUGAAUAGUUUGAUAAGUUAUGUACGAGUAUUGUAAUAAAUCAAAAUUCAACCUAAAACAACCGUGAAAGUUUGGUAUGCAUUAUGA